AUGGUUCCUCUCCGCGCCCUGGCCGCAGCCGUGCUGCUACGAGCGACUGCCGCCGCCAAGAUCGUGGAGGACGGGGACAAGGGCUUGCCCGAAGACAUGAUUGGCGGGGAGAGCUCUGCCGUGUGGCGCAAGAUCAUGGAGGCCAGCGCGAAAGCAAUGCAGCACCAGCAUCAUGCAGAGGAAGCCGCGAAGGCUGCCGCGGAGGCCAAGGCUGCAGACGAGGCCGCCAAUGUUGCUUCAGAGGCCAGUGCCGCGGAGCAGGCGGCGAAAGCUGCCGAGGAGGCUAAAGCUGCAGAGGAGGCGGCGAAGGCUGCUGCAGAUGCCGUGGCGGUCGAGGAGGCGGCGAGGAAUGCCGCAGCGGCGAAAUCUGUACCAGAUGCCAGGUCCGUAGAAGAGGGGGCGAAGGCUUCCGCGUAUUUUGAGGCUGCCGAGAAGGCUGCUGCGGCGACCACUGCGGCAGAGGAGGCGGCGAAGGCUGCCGCAGAGGCCGAAGUGGCAAUGGAAGCGGCGAGGAAGGCCGCAGCGGCAAAGGCUGCAGCCGCAGCGAAGGCCGCAGAGGAGGCGACGGCGGCUCUGGCGGAGGCCAAGGUUGCCGAGCAGGUUGCCGCGGAGGCUGGAGCUGCAGAGGAGGCGACGAAGGCUGCCGCGGAGACCAAGGCUGCGAACGAGGCCGCCAAAACUGCUUCAGAGGCCAAGGAUGUGGCACCGGCUGCGAAAGGUGACGAGGAGGCCAGAGCUGCACAGGAGGUGGCGAAGGUUGCAGCGCCGCCAGCGCCGGCACCGAUCACAGAGGACCGCUAUUUCAAGGGGCGACCGCAGCCUUCUCCUCCGCCAACAGCGUCCCCGACGCUGGAUCCGACACCCGAGCCGACACCCGAGCCAACAUACAAGUUUGAAGCUCCAGGGAUCCCUUGCUCGUGUCACGUGCCGGCCUGCUUCGGGACAUACGACCUCAAUGCGGAUGGUUGCUUAACCCAGAACGAGUGUGACCUGCAGAUGCCCGUCUUGGAAUACUGUUUCAUGGUACCCGCAACUUGCGGGCCAGAAAAGUGGGACUUGGAUGAUGACGGCUGCAUCAAUUCAUACAUUACCGAGUUCGAGUGGGUCUACGCUGUUAACCAAUCAGUCUGCCCACAGGAGGUCCCCGAGCCGUGCGACGAGUGCCCAGAGGGCAAGUACAUCGUCCCGAACCCCUGUGAGUGCGUAGACUGCAUCGGCGAAACUCGCAGGCGCCGCUCCGCAGAGUGCACUCCCUGCCCAGCUCCGUUCGUGCCCUGCCAAGAUCCUGACACAGACGGCUGCUGCGAUCCUUACAUUCCCGGAAUCGAGGCUCGAAGCUCCCCGCCUGGUAACACCACUCUCCCUGUACAUGUCGCGUAUCACACGUGCACUGAGUUCUCUCUGGGCGACAGUAUCACCAUUUCUGGAAGAUUAUCGAGUGACCCGUCUACAACUGUCACGCACACAACGGUCGUUAUCGGGAUUUCCCAGAUCACUGGUGGAUACGAACUCGAUCUUAACGACCCGCUCCCAGGAACAUUUCAAUACGACGCGACAGUUCAGCAGACCUGCACUUCCACCGACGGGACUCAGGUGAGCAGCUCAUCCUCUCCCUUCUCCGGUGGUUGUUGCUGCGCAUGUGGCACUGACUGCUGCGAGUCGACCGAGGUGUGCACCUUGUACCCCAACGGCACUGGUGCGUGCUCCAGAGCUGGCCCGUACCCCGAAUUCUCGACUCCAGCCCCGACCGUCGGGGCCAAGGGCGACCCGCACUUGGUCAACCUUCAAGGAGAGCAUUUCGACAUCAACCACGAAGGCACGUUCACGCUGCUCCGUUUCCCACAGGAUGCCGAGAAGCCGGCCGAGUUCUCGUUCCAAGCAGUCGUGCAGCCAGACGUGGGCAAGCCGUGCACCACGUACAUUACGCAUGUGGAGCUCUCGGGCGCCUGGCUCGGCGGUAAGUCCGUGGAGAUUCGCUGCUACCGCAAGUCCCAUUCGAAUGACACCGACGCGUUCCUUGGUGCACGGCUGCUCGAGGGCAAGAGGGAUUCCCCUUGGCAGACGAUCGAGGAAUUCGAGACGAAGGACCUCGUGCUCGCCGACCCGGAAUCGGACAUCAAGGUUUCGAUCGAUAAGGCCACCUGGUUCCCCAAGAAGCGCUCAAAGGCGGGGCCGACUGCGGCUGGAAUGUUCACCCUCUCUUUGCGCCACAAGAAAAGCCCAACUAGCGCCAAGGUCACCGUGCGUCAGGACUUGCCCGAGCAGGAACACCUUAACGUGGCAGUGCGGCAGUUGUCCCAACUUGGCCGCGUGGACGUCGGCGGCCUACUCGGCUUCGAUGCACACCCAGAGAGCCUUGAGCGCCCCUCUGCCGCGUGCGUCCAUCACAGAGCCACGGCGCGCUACCGCAUCGAGAGCCAGGACGACGUGGACCACGGCUAUUAUUUCCGGCCUGCGUGGAAGGACCGUUGGGACAAAGUUCGCACAGGGGGGCACUCGCGGGACAACGAGGCGGCCGCCAGCUUUAUGGGCAGAUUCGGUGGCAGUGGCGGCCUGGGCAACAAGAUGUGCAAGUGCCCGAGCGCCUCGCACGGCAGCGCUGCUGGAAGCAUCGAGGGAGUACUCGUCGAGGAGGCGAGUUUUAUGCUCGCCAAGGCGUCUUGGGAGUAG